UAUAUAUAUACACAUGGUUUCUCUUUGCGCUUCUUUAUUUUCUCAAUCGCGUGUUUAUAUAGGUUAUGUUUAAACGGCAUUUUACUUGUAUUUAUUUAUUUGAGGAACUCUUUUGACAAUUUUACUUGAAAAACUUUUUUAUUAAUAUAUAAUAAUGGCUAAAUUAUAUUCAUAUCAUACAUUGUGCCCAUUGAAUGAUCAGCAGUCUUUAUUGGGAGUUGAAAAAGAUGCCGAUCCAGGAUGUGCUAUUAUUACUUUAGACCGAAAUAUUGCGAUACGUUACAAGCUUGAUGAUUCGAAACAACUAAACAGCUGGUCUAGUAAAAAAAAACGUUUUACCUAUCAAGUUAUUUAUGAUAGAAAAAAUGAUCGUUAUGCCGCAAUAUUAAACGAAAAGUAUAUUGAAAUUUGGGAUAAAGAUGAAAAAUCUUUGGAUAAUUUAAAAAAGUAUAAUUUUAAUGAUUCAUUAUAUGGUAUACUUAGUUUAGAAAAUGAUUCAUCGAUAUUGGUUAAACAAAAUGGAGCUACAGCAUCAUUAAAUUGGGCUUUAGACAAUCGAAAUGUAUGGUCUUCAAACAAAGGAUUUUUGAGAUCUAAUGAAAAAUUUAUUGAUUGUAAAUUAACUAAAGUUGACAACAAAACAUAUUUAUGUGCUUUAACUACAAUUGGAACAAAAUUAAAUUAUUUUGUCGUAAAUCUUGAAGAUGAUACCUAUUUAGAUAAUAAUCAACAAGUUAAAAAAAUUGAAUUAAAACGUAAAUCUGAAAAACUAAUAGGUCAUGUUUUACAUCAAGUUAAAAACAAUGCAUAUCUUUUAACAUUGUGGUCACACGGUCGGCUUUACAAAUAUCCACUGACUUGUCCAUCAUCAGAACCACCACCGGGAAAUGUUAUUACCGUUUUUUCAUUUAUAAGUACCAAUAAUCCAGUAGCAAUGAUAUCAUUAAAUGAAACUACAAUAGCUAUUUAUGGUGCUGAUGCUAAUGACGAAGGUGCUGUAUUAUCAAUAUAUAAUAUUGAAUAUAAACUUGUAGAGGCUUCUCAAAAAUUAAAACUCUACACUAAAAAUGCAAAACUUUGGCGUAUUGAUGACAAAUUAUUACUGGCAGCUAAUCGAAGUUUAUCAGUAGCUCAAUUUAAAUUAGCAUCACAAAAAAUGGAUACCAUGCUUGGUUCAUCUUUAAAAAUUAAUAAUAAUUUCAGUAUCAAAAAUAAUAAUAAUAAUAAUAAUGAAAAAGAUUCAAAAUCAAUAAUAGAUAAUGAUGACAAUGAUAUUAUUGAAGUCCGAGAAGCAAUAAUUGUUGAUUGGGAAAAUUUGUCUAGCAAUACUAUUUCAGGAUCACCAAUUAAACUAUCUACGUCAAAAAAUCAUUCUCUACCCAUAAAUCUUACUAAACAAAUAAACAGUUUAUUAAAUGAAGGUGUCAGUGAUGCAACUAUUCAUCAAACGCUUAUGCCUCAACUGAUUCAACAAAAAGAUAUUAAAUCUAUAUUAUGGUGUAUGGAUAAUUUUAAAGAUCUUCCAGAACAAAUUUUAGUUGACUUAUUAGCAUUUGGUCUUAGAACAUCUGACGAAACAUUUUUAAUAACUUUAAAUGGUACAACUUGUGAUGAUGAUAAUGAUAAUGAUGAUGAUGAUGAUGAUGAUGAAAAAAUUUUUAAAACUACAAGAAAUUUAUUUUUAGAUAAAAUUUUUCAACAAAAUUUUUCUGAUUUAUCAUUGUUAGCACACAUUAAAACAACUUUGACUUUUACAGAAAUUUUAACAUUGAUUAACUAUCUUAUUGAUAAAUUAAAUUUAAAUAGAAAUGCUUUUAUCGAUAAAACAAAUGAUAAACAUCUUUAUGAAUGGGCUAGUAUUUUUAUUGAUUCACAUUAUCAACAUUAUUUAUUGUCGCAAGACUCUCAAGUUGUAAUUAUUCUUCAAAGGUUACAUACCAUUAUUGAUAAUCAUUUUCAAAUAUUCAAGGAUUUACAGGAUCUUAGGCCAAUACUGUUACGAAUUAUGAAUGGAAAAUCUUUGAAAUCUCCUCGCAAAUAUUUCAAUAAGUUUUAUUCUAUUGAACAAGUUAAAUUAUAUUGAAUAAUAAAAUAAAUAAAUAA